AUGUCUUUGGCUUCGAAGGAUCACGCAUACCCCAAUGGGUCGACCUCGGCGGCAGAGGCGGCUCCGGGGGGUAUGACGAAUGGCGAGAAAGCAGUAGUUGGGGAGUUGUUACAGCGGGAUGAGGCCAAAGGCGCUACGGUUCAUGCCUUCAACCCCGACGCCGAUCCCGCCCAGAAAGCCGCCCUCGCCGGCGCUGCCAAAGCCCAACUUGAUGCCCUCCCCAAGCUCGGCCGCCGCAAAGCCAUCGAGGAGGCCAAUGCGGGUCUCGCCCUAGGAGUAGAUACGAGCGGUGUAGCUGGUCAAGGGGAUAUGCCAGUUCCUACGGUGACUGUAUCAGAUGCGGAUGCGGUCAGUAGGGGAGAGGGGCAGAUUGCGGGUGGGGACGCGAUGCCGGGGAGUAUACCGACGGGAGCGGCGCCGGCUGUACCUACCUGGAUGCAGACUGGGUGGAGACAGGUUGCUGGGAUCGACGCGGCUACGGCUAUGGACCCCCAUAAGCAGGCCGACGCGGGGAUACUGGCGGACUACCUGUCGGAUCAGAUGUAUGGUGGCUGGUAUCACAACGCCGGAAUCAUCCUCUUCGCAGUCCUCGCUACCCGCUUCAUCACAUCCAUCAACCUCGGCUUUGCCUGGAUCCUCAUCGUCCUCGCCUUUUGCGCGGCAUACUAUUCGCUCUCUAUCCGCCGGACGCGCCAGCGCGCGCGUGACGAUAUCCAGCGGGAAUUGGUCAAGACAAGGCUGGUGACAGAGACAGAGAGUGCGGAUUGGCUAAAUGGGUUCUUGGAUCGAUUCUGGUUGAUAUAUGAACCGGUACUGAGUCAAACGAUUGUCGCGAGCGUGGACUCCGUCUUGGCGACUAGCACACCCGCUUUCUUGGAGAGUAUCCGGAUGACUACGUUCACACUCGGUACGAAGGCACCUCGGAUUGACUUUGUCCGGACAUUCCCAAAGACCCCCGAGGACAUCGUCAUCAUGGACUGGGCCGUGUCUUUUACGCCUAACGACUUGCUGGACAUCACCCCUCGGCAGGCACAGAAGCGGGUCAACCCAAAGAUCGUGCUUUCUAUCCGCGUUGGAAAAGGAGGCAUCUCGAAAUCGCUCCCCAUCCUGCUUGAGGAUAUGGAGUUUACCGGCAAACUACGAAUCAAGCUGAAGCUCAUGACCAACUUCCCCCACGUCAAAACCAUCGAAAUGAGCUUUAUCGAAAAGCCUACGUUCGACUACGUCCUCAAGCCCAUCGGAGGCGACCUCUUCGGCUUUGACAUCAACAACAUCCCCGGUCUAUCGACCUUCAUCCGGGAUCAGGUCCACGCCAACCUCGGACCCAUGAUGUACGACCCCAACAGCUUGACUAUCGACCUCGAGUCGCUGUUAUCGGGUACACCGCUCGACUCGGCCAUCGGGGUGCUCAAAAUCUCCAUCAAUGACGCUCGCGGACUCAAAGCGGUCAAAUUCGGCGGUGGUGAUCCGGACCCGUAUGUCUCUAUCGCACUCGGUGCGAAGCCGGUCAUUACCAAGACCAAGACGGUCAUGUCGACAGCCAACCCGUCUUGGCACGAGACGCAAUUCGUGCUGGUCAAUACCUUGGCGGACGUCCUCAAUCUCGGUCUUUGGGACUACAAUGAGCACCGGGCGGACAACCAGCUCGGGACAGUCAGCCAAGAGCUGUCCGUGCUGGCGGAGGAUGCAGAGAAGGAGGGACUGGUAGGGAAGAUCAUUAGCGGCGGCAAAGACAGGGGAGAAUUGCGAUACGACCUAUCGUUCUUCCCCGUCCUUCAGCCCAUCAAGGCUGCGGACGGGACGUUCGAGCCCCCUCCAGAUACCUCGACCGGUAUCGUCCGGCUCACACUCCACCAGGCCAAAGAUCUCGACAUUACGCGCGCUCAUGGCGACCGCAACCCCUUUGCUCGCGUCUUUCUCGGCGCAAGCAAGACCCCCGUCCACAAAACCCCCACACUCAAGCGCCAGAAUGCGCCCAUCUGGGAGAGCCACUGCGAGUUCCUCGUACCGGAAAAGCACUCGAGCGUUAUCACGAUCGACGUCGUCGAUUCCAAGGACUUUGCGCACGACCCGACCCUCGGCCGGAUCACCGUCAAGCUGUCGGACCUCCUGGAGCUCAAAGAGCGCGGGCAGGACUGGCUGCCUAUGCAGAACUCUCGGGCGGGCAAGAUUCGCCUCACGGCAGAGUGGAAGCCGGUGGCCAUGGCGGGGUCCAUCUCUGGCGCGGCGGCGUAUGUUCCUCCAAUCGGAAUCCUGCGCGUCUGGCUCAAGCGCGCAACGGACGUCAAGAACGUCGAAGCUACCCUCGGCGGAAAGUCGGAUCCGUACGUUCGGGUCCUGGGCAACAAUAAGGUCCUGGCGCGCACAGAGGUCCAGAACAACAAUCUCAAUCCGGAAUGGGAUCAGAUCGUCUAUGUCCCCGUACACAAUCUGCGCGAGAAUCUCGUUUUGGAGGUCAUGGACUACCAGAAUAUCGGAAAGGACCGGUCCCUCGGUUACGUCGAGCUGCGGGUGGCGGACUGUGCCGAGGCCAACUCGGGCGCGAAUGCCAAUGUCUACCCCUUCGCCAGUAAGGGGCACCAGGUGCGGAACGACAAGAUCAAGCUCGACAAGGCGAACACGUACAAGGGGACGCUGGUGUAUGAGGUGGACUUUAAGCCUGCCAUGAGCUUGAGGGGAGGGGUGAGCUUCGAGGCGGAGGCGAACGAGGUGCAGGUUGCGGCCAAAGAGCAGGCGGUGGCGGAGACGGCGGGUAAUGGUGCGGUGGACGCGCCGUCUCUCACAGCCAAAGUCUCGAAGGCCAGCCUGAGAGAUGGUCCUCAGGGGUAUAGUGUACCAACCGUUCCGGCAGCGGGUGGUGCGGCUGGGGCCGAGAGUCGAGGAGGCGGAGAGGCGACUGCCGCGGAGGACCCUCAAGUCGGCGCAGUACUCAAGAAGGAGGAGCUUCUGACCAAGCAAUCCGGUCUCCUCGUCUUCCAGCUCGUAUCCGGUAACUUGGCCCGCCGCGGUGUCGUCGAGAUCAUGUUUGACGAUGGUUACUGGCCGUCCUUCACCUCUACUCGCGCUAGGAGCAACCACCAGAAGUGGGACCAGAUUGGUGAAGGCUUUGUGAGGGAGCUCGACUUUAGCCGUAUAUGGCUCCGUAUCAACUCGAACGAUGAUUCCGAGAAGGAGGAGAUUAUUGCCGAGUUCAAGUGCGAUACCCGGGAGUUUUUGGAUGCCUGUCUGACUGCACCUACCGAAUUCCAUCUCACCCAGACCGACGGAUCGAACCACUCGACACUCAAGCUCAGUGCGAGAUACGUACCGGUGGAUAUCAAGCUCGAAGCUCGGGAGAGUAUCAAUAACAUGGGCGUGCUCCGGUGCGAGGUGCUGAGAGCAAAAAACCUCCUUGCGGUCGACAGGGGCGGGAAGUCAUCCGAUCCUAACGUCACUUUCAGCCUGAACGGGAUGAAGGUCUUCAAGUCUGAAACCAAGAAGAAGACCGUCAACCCAGAGUGGAAUGAAUCCUUCGAAGUCAUGAUCCCCUCACGCGUCGGCGCCAACUUCGGCUUUGAGAUCCACGACUGGGAUCGAGUUGGAACGGCCGACCUGCUGGGAGGAGGUCACGUCGACUUGGCGAGUCUGGAGCCGUUCGAGUCGACGGAAGUCACGAUACCGGUUGUUCAUGACAAAAAGGGGGAGCAUGGAGCUUUGACGAUCCGAAUGAUGUUCCAGCCUGAGAUCAUCGCCCGGACACGCCACAAGACCAGCACCUUCUCCACUGCCGGUCGAGCCAUCACCCAGGUCGGCGGGCUUCCUAUCGCUGCUGGAAAAGGUGUCAUUCACGGUGGCGGCGCCGUAGCGAUGGGCGUCGGGCGGGGCGUCGGUAGCGUGGGCGGCUUCGCCGGCCGCAAGAUCGGCCUCAUCAAGAAGAAGGAUAAGGCUGGACGGGAGAUCUUGGUUCACCCGGAUGACCAUAUCGGGGACGGAUCCAUCGACUCGCCAGAAGCUUCCGCGCAUACGGAUGGUCAAUCCAUUAUCGAUGGGCCUGUGUCUGCUCGACCGUCCGAAGCGGGCACGCUGGUCGUUACGGUUCUGGGCGGGACGGAGAUCAAGUCGGAGGAGGGGACAAAGCUGAAGAGCUAUGUGGCGGUCAAAGUUGGGAGUAAGAGCCACAAGACGGAUCAUGUCAAGGGUAUCGAGCCAGAAUGGAACGAGCACUUGACGUUCCACCUCUCUCCCGAAGUCGGCGUUCUCAGCGUAGCACUGCAUGAACAUCACUCCUUUGGCCGAGAUCCUGUAAUAGGCGAGGCUGAGGUCGACAUCUGGCAACAUAUUGCUCCCGCACGACCGACUGGAGACGUCUCAGUCUCCCUGACCAGCGGCGCCGGGACCAUCCGACUCCGGCUCGAUUGGACCGCUGGGGCUGCUCCUGAGAGAGCCAGCGCAGAGAAGCAUGGGCUUCUGGGGCGUCGGAAAUCGGUCAGCAGCGGUAUGAACGUGGAUGCUGGCAAUGGUGUGAGCAGUCCAGGAAGGAUGAGUGGGUUGCGGAUGGGCAUGACGAGACGGGACCGGGAGAAGACUGAGGAGGCGUGA